UGAUGGGGCAAUAGCCUACGAUCGAAUGCGGGAACCAACAGACUGCAUGCUUAUAGUCGCAUGCACUUGUAGCCUUCAUAUCAACUGGGAGAAUAGGCUAUUUGAAGUUGAAAAGUACAGUUGAUUCCUGUCGUUGAUAGUUCUUAGAUACGAAAUGGAUGCCAAUCCAUCCUUCUCGCUGGCAUGUCUUUACAGAAGCGAUCCAAUUUAUUCGCUCUGUGCCUCAGAUUUAAUGACCGCUUCUCAAACUGUGAACAAUAAUUUCAUAAAGGAACAGAAGCAACUUAUGAAGACUCUGAAGAGGCUGGAGCAGCAGCAGCUUACCUGCAUGCGUCAGCUGAACGAGGAGCAGAGGACCUUUGCCUUCGUCAUGAACAAGAGGCUAAGCCAGAGGGGCGCUACAAGGCCUCAAACGCUCCCCUCCACCUCAGUCUCCACUUCCAUCGUCCCUCUGUCCAUUAGAGGGUCCCGGUCUGCCCCGGCUGCUCUCGCCACCCGCAAUGGGGCCAACAGAGUUGGCAGUGCCAAGAGCGCCAACAGCAGAGUCAAGUUUGAGCAGUCUUCUUCCAGCCUCUCGCCGUGGGCAGUGAAAUUACAGAAGAAGAGUAUGGAGAUGCAAGACAGGGAUGCAAGGGAGGUUUUGAAGGAGUAUGGGGCCUCGGCUGGUCAAAGGUGUUGUUGUGAAUGUGGUCACACCAGGGAGCUGUUGGACAGGAGACUGAGUUGUCCAGCCAUAUUACAGAGGCAUCACUCUUGAUUCUGCUACGGUAUGGGGUGUCAUGGAUGUACGAUACAGUAUAUUGCUACAGGGGGGUGCGAGAGUUUCUCUUGAACAUCAUCUACCUACUCGUACUGGAUCGAUAUAGCUACCUUAUUUAUUGGAGGUUAUGCCAUUCCAAUGGAUAUCUGAACAGCAUUUUACGUCAUGACCGAUAAAUGAGUAACACUGUACGUCAUGACAGCUUCAUAAUAAGUUACAUGAACUAUGUCAACAUGUCAUUACACCUUUAACUGUUUACAAUACAUGAAAAAUGACACUGACUUGUCACUUGACAUUCAGUGACAUAAGAUGCCUUUACAUCUUUUGACAUUUGUUAUGUCAUGUUUAUGACCAUAAUAUGACACUGUUAUGACGUACAGUUCAAAUAUAGUGUUACCAAGGUACAUUCUGUGUUCACCUAUAUAACUUGUUUCCUGAAGAUGACAACAUAAUAUGUAUAUAUUGUUUUUGUUUUUCUCAUGGGAAGUUGAAUGCCAAGUUUUAUUUUUUAUCAAAAUGUAAAUUGAAUCUGACUUUUACUCAAAGGAAUAUGUUCAUAAUGUUUUUGUUUUAUUUAUGACAGAUUUUUAUGUGUGUAGUUUACCAAAUAAACUGUAAACUGUAGUUUAUACUGUAUGUUGAGGUUGGAAUUCAAACAUUUGAUUUUAGACCAAUGACAGCAUUAAGAGAUGAAAACGAUUGGACCGUAGCAGCAACAUUGUAUCGACUCUACUUAUCUGAAAGUAAUGACAUCAUCCUGUGUGACGCAUUGGGAAACAACGUUCAACGGAAGGAAAUCACAGAAGAUUGCGCAGAGUUGAGGACGUAGGCUAGCAAUCGCUUGUACAGCACUACAACAAAAUAAUUUAGUUAAAAUAUUUAGUAUUGUCAAAAGUUGGUACUCAAAUUGUAUCUACACUGAGAGUCCAAACUGGAAGGACAGAAAAGUAACGUGUACCGUUCCAGGAAGAAAACCACUAAAGAGAUUGAGUGCAAUAUUGUGCCGAAAUCAGAACAUUAUGGGAGCUGUCUUUGGGGCCUUUUCUGUCGCAAGCUGGGUGCCAUGUCUAUGUAGCAGUGCGACAUGCUUGCUGUGCAGAUGCUGUCCCCAGAGCAAGAACUCCACGGUGACGCGAGUCAUCUACGCCUUCAUCCUGUUGCUAGGGACCAUUAUAGCCUGCAUCAUGCUGUCCCCGGGAGUGGACGAGCAGCUAAAAAAGAUUCCUGGGUUCUGUGAAGACGGAGCAGGCUCUUCUAUCCCAGGAAUCCAUGCCAACAUGAACUGUGAGAUCUUUGUGGGCUAUAAAGCCGUGUACCGGGUGUGCUUCGGCAUGAGCAUGUGUUUCCUGGUGUUCGCUCUGAUUAUGAUCAACGUCAAGAACAGCCGAGACCCACGCUCUGCCAUCCACAACGGGUUUUGGUUCUUUAAGAUUGCCACCAUGGUUGCAGUGACAGUCGGUGCCUUUUAUAUCCCUGAGGGGCCUUUCACUCACCUGUGGUUCGUGGUGGGUAUCUGUGGGGCAUUCUGCUUCAUCCUGAUCCAGCUGGUCCUGCUGGUGGAUUUUGCCCACUCCUGGAAUGAGUCCUGGGUGGAUAACAUGGAGAGCGGGAACUCCAGGGGCUGGUAUGCUGCCUUGCUCGCUGUAACUGGACUCAACUACAUCAUGUCCUUUAUCGCCGUUGUCCUGAUGUACCUGUUCUACACUCAGUCAAAGGGCUGUCUGCUCAACAAAUUCUUCAUCAGUUUCAACAUGAUUCUCUGUGCUGUAGCCUCUGUCGUGUCCAUACUGCCCAGAGUACAGAAAUUCCAGCCCCAAUCCGGUCUACUCCAGUCCUCCUUCAUGACUAUGUACACCAUGUAUCUGACCUGGUCGGCCAUGACCAACGAGCCUGACCGUACAUGUAACCCCAGCCUGCUGAGCAUCUUCCAGCAGACACUGGUGCCCACGCUGGCCCCACUGGAGAUCGAGAACCAGACGACUGUGGUGAUCAUUGGCACCGAAGAGCCCAUCCUCUCCUCCCCCUAUCUGCAGUGGUGGGACGCCCAGAGCAUUGUGGGAUUGGCCAUCUUCAUCCUCUGCAUCCUCUACUCCAGCAUCCGCUCGUCCAACACCAGCCAGGUGAACAAGUUAACCAUGGCCUCUAACGACACAGUGAUCCUGGAAGAGAGUAAAGCAGGCACCCCGGACGAGGAGGGAGGGACGGGGAGCAAGGGUCCAAGGCGUGUGGAGGAUAACGAGAGGGACACGGUCCAGUACAGCUAUUUCUUCUUCCACUUCAUGCUCUUCCUGGCUUCGCUCUACAUCAUGAUGACUCUCACCAACUGGUACAGUCCUGAUGCAGACUACAAUGCCAUGACCAGCAAGUGGCCGGCGGUUUGGGUGAAGAUCUCCUCCAGUUGGGUGUGCCUUACCCUCUAUACCUGGACCCUGGUCGCCCCAAUGAUACUCACCAACCGGGACUUUAGCUGAAAACGGUUCCACCAACGCAGUAUUUUCUUUUCACUUUCCUUAUUGUCAUUCCUGAUUUAGUAAAAGAAAACUGUGCGUUUUACAUAGACAUUGACCACAUUGCCUACAUUUCAAAUGAUUUCCUGUCAAAAUGAACUGUUUUGUUUUGUGUAUUAGAUGUUGAUGGUUUCGCAUAACAAAUCUCUUUAGUUAGCCUUUUAGAUGCAUUAGAAGACAUAUAUUCACAUAUGAACCUGGUGUUAAAUCGCUAACCUUGUUGGUACAUUUGAAGGUUUACACAUGUGUUUUUUAGUCCAUUUUGUGCAAUUAGGGACCAAAUCAUGUAUUGAUGGUUGACCUUUAUGUCAAAGGAACAUUACAUUUUUUUAUUUUGUUGUACAUUCUCUAAAUGUGAAUUCAUCUUUGACUGACUGGCAUUACAAACCAAAUAUAAGAAUGUAAGAUCCUUUAUCUCUUGAGUAAAUAUAAACGGAGUAUACCAAACAUUAGGAACACCUUCCUAAUACUGAGUUGGAUCCCCCCUUUUGGACUCAGAACAGCCUCAAUUUGUUGGGGUAUGGACUCUACAAGGUG